CGUUUUGGCGCAAGGCCUGGGUGAGAGGCCGGAGGCAAGCGCCUAAAGCGCAAGCGAGGGAAAUAUGCCGCAGGAGCAGGGGCCGCUCAUCUGCCCCGGCCACUCUCGGCCGGUAGCGGGCAUCGAGUUCUCGCGCGAGACCGAGGACGGCGUCUUUCUCAUCUCCGCGUGCCACGACAAGACAGCGAUGAUCCGCUCGGGAGAGACGGGUGACUGGAUCGGGACGCUGGAAGGGCACAAGGGCGCGGUAUGGGGGGCGGCGCUCAACCCGCCGGCGACGCACGCCGUCACCUGCUCGGCCGACUUCUCAGCAAAGGUGUGGGACGCGCUGACGGGUGACGAGCUCUACACUCUGCAGCACAAGCACGUCGUGAGGUGCGCCGGCUGGGCGCCCGACUCGACGCGCUUCGUGACGGGCGGCAAGGAGAAGCACCUGCGCCUCUUCGAGCUCGGCGAGGCUGCGCCCGCCGACCCACUCCUGCUGCAGGGGCACACCGCCUGCGUCAAGGUGUGCCACUUCAUCGGCGACCGGCAGACGCUGCUCUCCGCGGGCGAGGACAAGACGAUGCGCUUGUGGGACCUCCGCACCGGCAGCACGCAGCGCGAGAUCGAGUUCAGCGGCUCCGUCAACUCGGUGGAGCUGACGGCGGACGGGCGGAUCAUGACGGUCGCGGCUGGCACCGAGGUGUCGUUUUGGGACCUGACGUCGUGGCAGUGCCUCAAGCGCUUCUCGCUGGGCGUAAUCGCGGCGAACGGGUACGGCGUCAACUCGGCUUCGCUGCACCCGAACCGCAAGGCCUUCGUGGCGGGCGGUGGCAACUUUUGGGUCUACCAGCACGACUUUGAGACGGGCGAGGAGCUCGCGUGCAACAAGGGCCACCACGGCCCCGUCUACGGCGUCCGCUUCACCCCCGACGGCAAGGCCUACGCCUCCGCCGGCGACGACGGCACGAUCCGUUUCUGGAACUUUGCGCCGCCCGAGGACGGCGCCGCAGCCGACGCCACCGCCGCAGCCGCAGCGCCUGAGAGCUGAGUCGAGGCCAGGCCUGCUGCGGAGCACGCGCCACGCUGUAUGACGGUACGUAUGGACUGGUGUCGAGGAAGAACAAACUAGU